AAUUGUGAACGAGGUCGGAGCGCGUAGUGUCCGAGCGACAACGCGUGGCGCGGUCGCCGUUCUUUCUUUCCCUCCUUGUCGUCUACCCUUCGCUUAUUUCUUCGUGCGCGUUUCUUUCAUUCCGGUCACUGUGCCAGUGUCGUGACUCCUCCUUGUCGGCGCCGUCCUAGUCCUCGUCGCUGUUUUACCCCCGAGGAUUUCGAGAAACAGCCUGUGUGUAACGCCAGAGAAGAAGAGUAACGCGCUGAGCCAUGGGCACAACCAACGCUCAGAGCUGCGAGACGAUGGCGGAGAAGCGAAGCGCGAGCCAGCGUCGUGCCGAGGAGAAGGCCAAGGUCGAGGCCUCCGAGGCUGAACAGAGAGGCGGGAACAACAACAACAAUAACAACGGCACCGAGUCCGUCUCCUCUGUGCUGGGAAGCGGAGGACCGGGUAGCAGCUGCUCGGCCGUCGAGGCCUUCUACGCCGAGGCCAUAAUCCUGGUGACCGGAGCCACUGGCUUUCUCGGCAAGGCACUGCUGGAGAAGCUUCUGAGGAGCUGCUCCAGACUGAGCACCAUCUUCGUGCUCAUCAGGCCCAAGAAGGGUCGCACCAUGGAGCAGAGGUUCACCGAGCUCAUCGAGAACCCGGUGUUCGACAGACUGCGCUGGGAGUGUCCGAGCGCCCUGUCGAAGCUCUUCCCGAUCAAGGGCGACGUCGGCAUGCCGGAGCUGGGCCUGAGCUUGGAGGACCGAACGAUGCUGAUGCAGCGCGUCAACAUCGUCUUCCACAGCGCGGCGACAGUGCGCUUCAACGAGCCCAUCAAGACGGCCGUGAAUCUGAAUACGCGCGGCACAGACCGCAUCAUCGACCUCUGCAAGGGCAUGGCCAAUCUUGCCUGUCUCAUCCACGUCAGCACGGCCUACAGCAAUGCCGAUCUUCGCGACAUUCAGGAGAUGGUCUACAGCACGAAGGUCAAGCCUCAGACGCUGAUGGACAUGUGCGAGAACCUCGACGACGAGACCAUGGGGAUACUGGAGAAGAAGCUUCUAGGCAAGCAUCCGAACACUUACACCCUGACGAAGGGACUGGCCGAGCAGGUGGUGCUGACCAAAGGGGUGGGACUGCCGGCUGUGGCGAUCGUCAGGCCGAGCAUAGUCUGCGCCGCCUUCCAGGAACCCUUUCCCGGAUGGGUCGACAACGUUUGCGGCAUCACUGGCAUUCUGAUGGAAAUCGGCCGAGGCACAAUGCGCAGCAUAGUUUGCCAGCCGCAGUGCAUCGUCGACAUCGUGCCGGUCGACUACGUGGUCGACACCCUGAUCUGCACCGCCUGGCACAUAACGACCAGUCGACCCCAGCGAUUUACCAACAGCGACACCUGCGCCCUGCGCGUCUACAACUGCACCAGCGGCGGCUUCAACCCCGUCAAAUGGGGAGAGAUCGGAGACAUGACGCGCAAGUACGCCAUCGAGUCGCCGACAAAGUACGUCAUGUGGUACCCUCACGUCACCUAUAGGUCCAGCCAGUUCUUUCACAAGAUCGCCGUGGCGAUUCUACACUUCUUGCCGGCUUUCGUUAUCGAUAUCAUUCUCCGCUUUCGUGGGAGCAAACCUCAAAUGAUAAAAAUGACGAAGCGCACGAUGCGCGCGGCCAAGUCGGGCGAGUUCUUCGCCGUGAACGAGUGGUACUUCCACGCGGAGAACAUGAAGGAGCUGGUCAAGUGCAUCAAGAACUCGGGAGUGGACGGUAGCACACCCCGGUAUAACGUCGACAUCACGAAUCUCGACUGGGAAACCUACGUGCGCCAGUACGUCCUGGGCAUUCGCAAAUACGUCCUCAAAGACAGCCCCGACACCCUCGGCAAAGCCAGAAGCAAACUAUACAAGCUCUACUGGAUUCGUCGAAUCACCCAACUCUUCAGCCUGUACGUGCUGGUGAAAAUAGUGACGCGGGCGAGCGCCCGGUGACGGAUAGCCAUGCUUCUGCGAAUAAUCGAGCGUCUGCUGAGACCCUGGCGACGGCUGAGCAAGUUUUAUCCGGCAAUUAUGUUAAUACACUAAGGAAAAAGAGAGACGUCCGAUUCUUUAUUCCGACAUAUAGCUAUCACAUACACACAAUUCGUCCGUCUAAUAAGUCGUAUAAGUCAAGCAACUAUACGAGAAAUCUACAUAUAAUGUAUAUCAUUGAAUUCUCUGAUUUAGUAUUCUGGGAGGUAAUAUAUAAUAAUGCAGUAUUUCCGUGAAUCGCGACAAAAGAACGAUCCCACGAUUAUUCUUGUAAAUAGAACAUUUAUGUUUUUUUUUCUGCGAGUACGAUAUGUUAUGCUAUAAUACUCUUCAUUUAACGGAAAAACAUAUAAAUUUUCCAGUAGUUCAUAAGCCGUGUAUGUGUGAACUAUUUCGUGCGAAUUCCGCAUGCAAGAGUCGACAUUUUUUACACUAAUUUUUAUCUCCUUUUGCACUAAACAAGCCUGUAGCGUUGUAUGAAUACUUAUAGUUACAGCUAUUUUGAAUAUAACGCAUUUCAAGAGCCGAGGAAAGAAAAUGUUGAUUUCGCACGAAAAUUUAGCGAGUGUUAACGUUUUGUUCGAGAAAUCACGAAUCGAGCAAGUGAAUUUUCAAAAGUAUAAAAAAAUUGCGAUAUGGUAUUAUAUACACGACUGAUGAGUUUGACGAGGAAAUGAAAAGGGACCAUAGAUCUGAAAAUUAGUUCGUUAGGCACCGAUAAACACAAGUGCCUUUGUUGUAUAUUUAAUUAAUAAUAAUAACAGAGCAAUAUUUUUUACAUGUGUAACAUAUUAUUGUCGCGAUAUUUAUACAUAUAGGUAAAUAUAUAUACUCUACGUACAUAUCCUGUGGAAAGGGGCAAAAUGUCAAUUGCAAUAAUAACGAUGAUUCUUACACUUAUGCAAAAACAAAGAAAAAAAACAAAAACA